UUGCUGAUUGUGAAUUUUAGAUUUGUUUACAUUUUUACUCGAUGAUUACACGUGAGUGUUGCAAGUUGUGUGUGUUAUUAAGUUUGGCCAAACGGGAAUGACACUCAAGGUUAUUUUUCGGACAUUUCCAAGAAUCUUUGUUAGUAUUUCACAAAGACAUUUCAGUCUAUGUCUACAUAAACGAAAUGAAUUUGGUUCCUCCAAGACUUACGGAGGAAGUUCUAGCCUUGUGGGCCUAGGCCAUGGCAAUGCCAUCAUAGACAGCUCGCCUGAAAAGCAUCGUCCGCCUCCAGACGUGGAUGUUGUAGUUGUUGGCGGCGGGGUGAUGGGCUCCAGUAUAGCCUACUUCUUAAAGAAACAUGAUUAUAAUAUGUCUGUUCUGGUCGUUGAGAAAGAUUCAAAGUAUACAAGAUGUUCAACUACAUUAUCAGCCGGAGGAAUACGGCAACAGUUUACAAAUGCAGAAAAUAUACAAAUGUCAAUGUAUGGCUCAGAAUUUUUGCAUAAUAUUAAGGAACAUUUAUGUGUCGCUGAUGAAGACCCCCCAAAUGUUCAGUUCAAUGAAAACGGAUAUUUAUUUCUUGCAACCGAAAAUGGGGCACAUAUUUUAGAGGAAAACAGCAAACUUCAAAAAGAGCUUGGAGCUAAAGUCGAGUUAUUAUCACCUACACAGCUAAAGGCUAGACAUCCUUGGUUGAACACGAGUGACAUCGCACUUGCCUCAUACGGUUUCCAGAAUGAGGGCUGGUUUGACCCUUGGUCGCUUCUGUCUGCAUUCCGUAAAAAGGCUACAUCUCUCGGUGCAAGGUACAUUGAUGGAGAAGUCACUGGAUUUGAUUUCAGCCACGUCAGUCCGAGUGAAUGUAAUUCAUAUGGAGGAUGUGGUCGUAGGGUCAAAGGAGUACAGGUGGCAAUGCUAAAUAGUCCAGAAGUGAAUACUGUAAAUUGUUCAUACGUCAUUGUGGCAGCAGGAGCAUCUUCAAAGGAAGUUGGAAUGAUGGCUGACAUUGGGCUGGGGACAGCAGAGGAUCAGCUCGACUUACCGAUUCCAGUAGAACCGAGGAAACGUUACAUUUACGUGUGUCAUGCACCGGAUGGGCCGUUAUUAGAUUGCCCUUUUGUUAUCCAACCAGAUGGAAGCUACUUCCGGCGAGAAGGUUUGGGAGGCAUGUACAUUAUGGGCAAAUCCCCUACAGAGGAGCAAGAGCCUAACUGUGAUAAACUGACUGUGGAUUAUGAUUUUUUUGAUGAGGAGAUCUGGCCAUUUGUGGCACAUCGUGCUAAAGCCUUUGAAAAUCUUAAAAUGAAAAGUGCUUGGGCAGGUUACUAUGAUUUUAAUACCUUUGACCAGAAUGGUAUUAUUGGCUACCAUCCAGCCUAUCCAAAUCUGUUGGUAGCAACCGGGUUCAGUGGACAUGGUAUUCAACAGUCCCCAGCCGUCGGUCAAGCCAUUACAGAACUGCUAUUGAAUAAUUGUACAGUUUCCAUUGAUUUAUCAAGAAUGGGUUUUGACAGAUUUAGAAACAAUACACCAUUACUGGAGAAAAAUAUUAUCUGAGAGUGAUGGCUAUAAAUAUGAUUUUGAAUUUUGUCACUAGAGGGUGCUGUUGAUGUCAGUCCCUGCAUAAAAAUAUUCGCUGUGAUUCAUAGUAUGUGUGAGCCAAGUUUAUUCAGCCAAAGUCUGCUUUUUAACCAGGGACGGAUCGAGAGAAAAAUUUGGGUUGGUUGGUUGUAUACAACGUGCAAAACACAGAGGGACGGGUGUGGACUUGAGGAUUUUCAUUUGGAGUUGCUUGAUCAUAGACACUAGUACAAUUAAAUUUUAAAAUUAGAUUGUUUUUGAGUUUCCUUAUUUUUUUAUUUAUUUUUUUUGACAUUGGUAGUUGAUUAUCAAUCAUAUUCUUUAUUUCAAUUAUCAAUAAAUUCCAUAAAAACAAAAUACAAAUGCAAGGAUAUAAUAAAUAUAAUGAUAAAGAUGAUAAAAUGUAUUCCUUUUCCUUUUCUUCUCUUUACCCCCAGUUUCUUUUGCAAGGGGUAGGGUGCUGGACCCUGUGGGGCCCUGGAACCUUCCCUUUACAAACUGCUCUUUUUCAUUGUAGCAGUUUGUCAUUUUGCUAUCCAGCGAUGAAGAAACUCUAUUGAAAAUUAUUGGUUUAAAUCAGGAGAAUCAAAAUGUCAUCUCACUUGUUAUAGACUCAUCUGUUUUCCCCUCAUGAUUUUUAUGAAAAGUACAAUAUAGUUACGUGGAUGAGGGGUUAACAGUGUAUCUAUAUAUUUUUAUAAAAUUUUAAAUUGUACUAUUUCAAGGAGGAAAGGGGACAGGAAUAGCUGUACUCCCUUUAACUGAUGAAAAAUAGUAAAUAUUUUAAUUAACAAAGGCCUUUUUAAAAUUCAUUGAUUCAAUUUUAAAGGCCUUUGGUCUUGCAAAAAACACAUUGAGAUUUGGUACCAGAACUAUCAGUGGCGUUUCUAGAAUUUUUUUUCUAGGGUGGCAUGAGCGGCAGUCGAGGACGGAUGUGGAACGAAGGUGGAAUCUAAGUUGAAAGUUGAGAGUGGAAGAUUACUGUGUGUAUCUUUAUCUGGGGGUCUGAAAGCUUAAAAGUUUUAACUAUUUCAUUAAUGAUUUUACAUUUGGUUAGUGAGAAGUUUGUUUAUUUACAAUCUCAUUCAACAGCGGGAAACCUGCCACUUGCAGAAUGGAACUUAAAAACUAAAAUAUAAUAUAAGAGCAUAAAGAUACUUAUACAAUCUUAUUGAUUUUGCAACAAAAACAUUUAAAACUGUCAAAGAAAAGUCAAUUUCACAAAAGAGAGAGAGAAAAAAUGUCAAUUGAACUAUAUUUUCCACACAAUUAUUUUGGCUGCUUACGGGAGGGGAGGGGGGUGUGUGUCUUUUUGUCCUUUUUGCCACCCCCUGGAUCCGCCACUGAAGUAUGGUAUUUUUUAAAAUCAAAUUAGCCGAUUACUAGUUUGAAGCAUUUAAUGGAAACAUUUGUUAAAAAGGGAGUAUGUUUUAUGGGUCUUUAUUAGGUUGUCUUGAAAUAUUACAGUAUGCUUUACCAUAUAUUUAUUUUGAUUAUGCUUUAUCCUAUAUUUAUUUUGGUAAAUAUGCUUUAUCCUGUUUCUGCUAUCUAAAACUAAAAUAUUUUACGUUAUUCCGGUAUUAUAUUAUGGUAAGUCGAGAGAUUUUUUUAAUGCCUUGUUUUGCAAACCAUCCACCUGCAGAUGAUGAUGAUUUUAAAUAAAAAUUAUCAUACCUUCUGCCACAAAAAGAUGGAAAUUUCAGAAAAGAUUAACGAUUUUAUAUUUUGAAUGUCUGCCCAAAUAAGGUAUCAGUAUUUCUUUGUUAGUUAUAUGAAUUUAAAGCAUUAACUACAAUGUUAAUAUUCAUCAAAUAAAAUUUAAUUUUCACUUUCUCCUCCACCUAGAUGCUUUUGUCAAAGUCAUUUUGAAGAAAACAAAAUUUUAUUUUUAUUUCCACCCUCUUGAUAUUUUUAAAAUAUAGUUUUGCUGUAACAAGGUAUUAUAAAAGUCUCAUCUGAUAUGCUAGUAUUAGGGAAAGUGGACUUCUGUGAGCAGUAGUUAUGGGGCUACAGGUAGCCAUGCAAUUUAAAUCAAUAUUCAGAUCAUUCUGGGAUACUAUAUUCUAUUUAUAGUAGUUUAUAGUAACCUGGAAUAAUUAAAUAUUGGUUUUUAUAUUGAUAGUAAUUGUUAUUGUCGUGAUGAAAUAAUGGACAAUAACUGUAUUUGCGUCAGGAGAAACGUGUAUAGGUGUAAUUUUGCCCUACCUGACGUGGAAAUGUACCGAAUACUCGGUACAUUUGAAAACAACUGCAAAAAAAAUCGCAAGUUGUUCUCGGGUGGGACUCGA